AUGUCUCGCAAAUCCCGUGGUAGAAGAGGCUCUUCAGACGAAGAGAAUCGUAUCGACGAAACUGACGGAGAAUUUAUUGAUAAUCGGGAUGAACUUGAGGCUGAAGCAAGGGUGUCAUCUAGGGAUACAAGAAGAGUUGCAAUGGAACUCGAUCGUAGAGAUAUAGAGGAAGAGAACCUUCGUGCAGAAGAAAUAGCUUUACAGAUGAAUGAACGUUAUGGACGACGUCGUGGUCAGCUGAGUCAAAUUGACUCUAGUAUACCAGCUCAGUUAAUUGCUGGUGUAAAUCAACCGAAUCUAUUUGUUAUUCGUUGCAAGCAAGGGAAAGAAAAAGAUGUGGUUCUUCAGUUUAUGAAACAGUUUAAAGAAAGCGAAUAUUCUCAACAUCCUAUCGAGAUCUUAUCUGCAACAUGCCGAGAUGCACUCAAAGGAUAUGUAUACGUUGAAGCUUGGAAAUUAGCGCACGUGCAGAAGGCAAUUUUGAAUAUGAAUAACUUAUUUAAUUCACAAAUAAAACUCGUGCCAUUAGCGGAAAGAGAUCAUGUAUUAACCAUAAGAAAGAAAGAUAUAUCUCUCAAGGAAGGAUCGUGGGCUAAGGUCAAGAAAGGAAAAUAUGCGGGAGACCUCGUCCAGAUCUCUUGGGUAUAUGGUGAAAAUCCGAAUGAAGUAAGAAUCAGGUGUGUCCCACGCAUAGAAGAAAGCGAAACCGGUUCGAAUAAGCGAAAGAAGAAGCCUACCGUGAAAGAUUUUGAUAAUGGAUACAUAGAAAGAGAUAUGAAAAUCACAAAUUUGAUAUUGGAAAAUGUUAGUCCAACCAUGGAUGAAAUCACUGAAUAUCUCUCGGCAGCUGAUUCGAACUCAAGAAGUUCCGAUGCACCACUUGCCCUACCUACAAAGAUUAUUUUUACCCCUGGUGAUGAGGUUGAGGUUAUUAGUGGUAGUGAUCGUGGAGUUUAUGGUGUCGUAGAAGCUGUGAAUAAAGAUUAUGUUACAUUUACUCGAUAUAAAUCGGGUGUUGCACAACAAGUGACGUUUCUGGCAGAGCAUUUAGCCAAAAGGUUUGGUAUAGGAGAUCAUGUUCAGGUACUCAACGGAUCUCAUAAAGGCGAGACUGGAAUGAUCGUAAACAUUGAUAAUGUUAGAAAUCAUGUUACCUUGUGGUCUGACCUGACAAAAUCAGAGAUAAAAGUAUUUUCAAAAGAUCUAAAAAAGAUAACAGAGUCAACUGGUGUUAGGCUAUCUGGAUCAGACUAUGAAGUUCAAGAUCUCGUUCAGACAUCAUCUGGUCAAUAUGGUGUAAUAGUAAAUGUCGAUCGAUCUAAAUACACUAUUCUGGAAACGAAUGGAAGCACUUCGACUUAUACACGAGAUGAAAUUGUUAAGAAAGAAGAUACACGUCGGUUUAGUUCGGCGAUUGGUCAAAAUCAAAUACUCUUAAAAACUGGUGAUACGGUUACUGAUGUAUCCGCCGAAGGUCGAGAAGGAAAAAUAUUACAUCUGUUCCGUAAGUUCGCUUUUAUCAUGAAUCGUGGUGGAUUCGUAGAAAACGGUGGUAUUUUCGUCUCGGAGUGUUCAAAUUUGACAAAUAAAAACACUAGACCUGUGGGUCUUGCCCUCGACAAACUUAAUCCCGAAGUACUAGCAUCUAUGCCCUCACAACCUCCACAAUCUUUUAGUCGUCCUAACGUUGAUCCCUUGAUUGGGCAAACCGUUACCAUUACGAAGGGACCUUACAAAGGGUACCUGGGAAUAGUGAAAGAUACUACUCCUGUAAUGGCACGAGUAGAAUUACAUACAAAUUGUAGCAUUGUGAAUGUUGAAAAGACAAAAUUACUGAAUGUCGACACAAGUCGACCGGUUGUAUUACCAGAACCUACUACGAGUAGAAAUACCAGAGAAUACAGUCCGGCACCUUCAAAUUACUCUGGUUCAAGCUGGCAGUCAAGUAGCGUUAGAACUCCUAAUUCAUGGAAUGGUUCUCGCACCCCAUCAACAUGGAACAACCCUAUGCCAAACCAGAUGGCUUCAGACGGUACACGUACUCCAUCACAUGCAGACGGAUCAAGAACACCUGCUGUUCAUUUGAAUGAUGGUUCUAGGACACCCGCUUGGGAUCUCGGCAGUAAGACUCCCGCCUACGCCGGGUCUGAUGGCUCAAGGACACCUGCAUGGGAUACGGGAAGUAGGACCCCUGCGUAUGUAGCGGAUAAUCGGGGACGAACUUCGGCAUGGGAGGCAAACUAUCCUGCUACACCAGCAAACGAUAAUCAAAGCUUUACUGCACCAACACCCGGGGCUGAAACCCCAGCGUGCACUGCACCGACACCUGGUGCUUCAGAAACUCCACUUUAUUCUAUAGCAACUCCCGGAAAUAUGAUACCUGCCACUCCUGGACCUGGGCCCAUGACACCAGCUAAUUUAUUGCCUCAGACACCAUUUGUAUCAUCAGGUACAAUUCCUACAGGUGGCGAUUUUAGGAACGUUAGGCAAGAAGCUAAUUCAAAUUCUAAAGAAUGGUUAACCAUCGACAUACAAGUUCGUAUUGUACCCGAUCAAAGAGGUGUUUCCUUUAAUAAAGGUCAAUAUGAUCAACGGUUGGGCGUGAUUAGUCGUCUAGAAUCACCAACUACAUGUCUUGUCAACUUGGAUGAUUCGCAAGAACAAUGUUUUAUUGAACAGAAAUUUUUGGAACCUGUGCAACCACAAAAGAAAGAAAAAAUCAAAAUGAUCGCGGGGGAUCUAAAAGGACAAUUGGGUAUUCUUGUUGGAGUGGAUGGCGUGGAUGGUGUUGUUAAAGUAAAAGGAGGGAAGGAUUUCAAGAUUGUAAAUAUGAGCAUGAUGGCUAAAUAUGUAGGAGAGGAGGUAGCUGAAGAAUGA